CUCAAUUAUCGGUCCUUCGUUACCACAUUCGUAAGCUCUGCACCGUCCAUUUACAUCUCCAAAAAGUAUAAAAGGUCUGGUCCUUUCUCCAAAUAGACAUUCCGGCGAUUGUCGUCAACUAGCAAGCUUAUCUCUACUUCAGGAGCACAACAGCGUCAACUUCAUUCAAGAUGAAGGCUUAUAUCUGCUUGGUCGUUCUGGUGUGCCUAGGCUCUGUCUUCGCGGCUGAAACUAACAAAGCCGACGAGGUUGCUGUGAAACAAUAUCAAGGAGCACCCUGUGGUUAUGAUUUUCCACCGUGCGAUCCCGGCUUGACCUGCAUGCCAUGGGGAGUGUGCGACUUUGCUCGCAAGAGAAUGGCAAAUGUUGAAGCCGACGAGGUUGCUGUGAAAAAAUAUCAAGGAGCACCCUGUGGUUAUGAUUUUCCACCGUGUGAUCCCGGCUUGGCCUGCAUGCCAUGGGGAGUGUGCGACUUUGCUCUCAAGAGAAUGGCAAAUGUUGAAGCCGACGAGGUUGCUGUGAAGCAAUAUCCAAGAGAUCGCUGUGGUUUUGACUCACCGUGCCAUCCCGGCUUGGCCUGCAUGCCAUGGGGAGAUUGCGAAUAAGCUCGCAAGAGAAUGGCAAAAUAUUGAAGAUUCCAAAUGCCAACAGCCUUGGGAUGAUGAAGUCGCAAUUGAUUAUUUAUUACGGUGUAGGGAUUAAGUUGUAUUGUCUUUGCCUUGUUCGAGUUAAAUGAGACUUUUUGCAUCUACAUGUAAUUGAAAUUCCCACAAGGAAUAAAAGUUGACAAAGCUAACUCCCGUGAGUAAAUUUAUGACAUAUUUUUCGAUUACUAUUUAAUCUGAUCCUAAUCAGAAUCUUUAUCUGGAAAUGAACAACAACACCCGAUGGGUGUCACGAUUGUGAAGCUACCACUGCGAGUUUCUCUGACACAACUUCCUCCUUUGCAUCGCAUUUAUUUAGCAUGUUGUCUUGUUAUUACAUAGGCCUUUCUUUACAGCUUGCUGAAAUCAGUUUUCGCUUACAAGACAUUAUACAGUGAAUUAUGAAGACUUAAAACUGACCUGUAGGCAGAUGAAACAAAUCACACGCUAUAUCUGAACUAAACAAAAGCAUGAAAAGUCAUUCUGGGUGGUGGGUCUUAAUUAUUGUAAUCACACUUUUAAGAUUUCUGUUGAAUAAAUGCUGUUGGCAUGGUAUGAGCUCCUGCGACCAAAGUUA